UCUGUAACUUAUGCUUGUCUAAUCUUGCUGUUUCUUUCGUCUAAAUAUCUUAAAUUAUAUAUUAUCAUAGUAUUGCAAUGGCUUCCAACUUUAGUGCUAGGCCAAUUGGUACAGAUGGCACAGACUUUAUGCACCGAGAAAGGAUAGCUUCUCAUUAUCAAAUCAGUGCCACGAACAAGUGGAGGUUGAAGGUGUGCAUCUUCAUACAGUUUCACCUGUGGGUCGUGCUGCUGCUCAAGUGCUUCGAGGAGCUGCUCGACCUGUUCGAGAUCGACCUGCCGCUCGUCAUCGACGAGGCGAUGGAGGCGAACAUUCCCGACCCGCUGCUCUGGGAGUACGCGUGGCUUCUCGGCGCGAUCCCGGCCGUCUGCGGCUGGAUGGCGCUGCCGAAGAACAACCGCAGCCUCCUGCUCACCUUCAUCGCCGGCACUCUGUUCCUCGGCAUCGUUCCCGUCAUCGCCGCGGCGAUGUACAUGGCGUCCGACCUCGUCGAGUUCUACCACACGAAGAAGUCGCGCGUGAUCAUCUUCGGCUACCCGAUGGUGCCGAUGUGCUUCGUGUUCUUUGCGGUCGCGACGCAGGUGCACUGCUUCGGACUCUACUUUGCCAAGCAGCUUCUCAACGCGUGGGACAGGCAGAAGAAGAGGCAGUGAAGAGGAUGCGGGGAACGGAUAUCAGCUUCUCAACGUGCGUGGGGCAGGCAGAAGAAGAGGCGGUGAAGAGGAUGCGGGGAACGGAUAUCAGCCUCUCAACGCGCGUGGGGCAGGCAGAAGAAGAGGCGGUGAAGAGGAUGCAGGGAACGGAGAGUGCUCAGCUUCUCAACGCGCGUGGGACAGGCAGAAGAAGAGGCAGUGAAGAUGAUGCGGGGAACGACGAAAAACGGGGGCGUGUAAUUGUGUGUGUGUGGAGGGGGGGGGGUGUUUUUUCUGUUUUUAUUUAUUUUCCUAAUUCCACUCAAGGUCUCAUCGGCUCGUCUUGAUGUCCGUGGAGCGGACAGCAGUUGGCACCUGUUUUCCGUGUACGUACUACGUAGUGCGUCGGCGAGCUUCUAUGUUACGCUUUGUUGGUAGUGUAGUUUUGCAAAGUCUUUCUGUGCAGUGGCACGUUGCCACCGCAGUUGUGUGGACGUUAGCCAAAUGUGGCAGCUCGCCCAGAAAGUUGAAGUACAGGUCCACGUCAUGUUUUUCUCAAUUUCAGGGUCAGUAAAAAGCUUGAAAAUGUAAUUCGAUCUAAAAAUACGAGGGUUUAUUCGAUAUUUUUAAUUCAGCUAAACUUAAAAAUGCUCAAUUCUAACAACAUGUAAUUUAAUUCAUAUACUGGGGUUUUCCGAAUUUUUGCAUAAAAAAAGAAAAAUUAUCAAAGAAAAUGGCUUUAGUGCAUUUUUUUGCCUUGUUAAUGAUUUGCAAAAUUUUAGUUUGCUAUGCUUUUGGUUUCAGUUUUGACUUUUACUGGAGUGCUAUAAAAUUGGCUAGAUUGCUGGAAUCGCGGUUGGUAAGACCAAUGGCUGAAAUCUAGCAAAACAGAUGACUGUGUUUAUUGGUGUCACGUUUGUUGGUUGAAAUCAUUGCCCUGUAUUAACAUGAACCUGUAUAUCAAUGAAAAUAGGCUCAUGUUAAUUGCAAGUGUGCAUCCUUCCAUGGCUGUUGACGGAGUAGCUAUGGUGGAGAUUACAUGAGUGGUAUAUGUCACCGUUGUGUGUUGUUGCUGGAAAAUUCAAGAUCUGCUGUUAUUGCUGUUAUUGGGAAGCUAAUAAGUUAGUUUAUAUAUAUAUGUACAGUUUUGAAAGUUUUCACACAAAACAAGUGCUAUUAAAGCAGAUGAGCUAGUUAGUUAGACUAGCUCACAGUGCUAAUUACUUACACAGAAAUUGGCUUUUUAUGAAACGUUUAUCUAUUAAAACAGAUGCCAUCAGUAAAAAUAAAUGUUGAAGGCAUACCUGUUUGAAAAUCGUUAUAUGCGUGCUUAGUAUAAUUUAAUUGGUUGUAAGUUCAAAGACAUGUUUAAAUGGUAUUGAUUGUUGAUAUCAACAGCUAGAGCAGGCUCAUAUUUACAUAACUGGUCAAAGGCUGAUCUGUUAAGGCUCCCGCACACGGUGUGCAUUCGGCGCGCGCCAACGGCGCUGAGCUAAACGCGCGCGCCAUCUGCGCAUGUAAACCAGCCCGCACACAGUGAGCAUUCGGCGCGCGCCAACGGCGCUGAGCCAGGGAAAUCGAUAGAUAUUUUGCGCGCGCAUUCGGCACAUGCGCACCGUGUGCGGGUGCCUUUAGUUAUCGUCAGGGGUGAAUUAUGACAAAUUAUUAUAAUAUAUUAUUAUUAUAUAUAUAUGAUUGUUUGUCAUUAUUCACCCCCGUUAUCAUGUUGUAUUUAAGUAGGCAUCUGCAAAUCACAGCAGACUAGUCGCUUGAUUGCAUCACAUGGAGGUGGUGCAUAAUUGUGUGCCAGUGAACCUUUUUACCGUAUCCUCAAUCCAUGACAGCUCAAGUUCCCAUCAGUUAUAUAAAGUAACUAGCUGGGCUACCCGGCGAUGCCCGGGAUUAAAGAGCGAGAAUUUAGUCUGUCUGCCUAUGGAUGAUGUACUGAU